CCCAAAAUCCCAAAUUUGAAUUCCAUUAAUCCUCCUCCACGUGUCAUUUCAAACCAACUGUUAAGCCAUACAAUGGGGAGCUAAUUCAGGGCAGGAAGGAGCCGACAGGCGCGGGCGUGGGGUACGCCAUCGGCAUGACAAUAAUAAGGUUGGAAAACUCUAAUAAAUAUCCCAGGGCCCUCAUCUUUCUCCUCAAACCAGGGAUUGAAUUUGUUGAUUCUCUGGAGCGAGGCUGAGCAGAAGUUUGUUGCAGUAGUUUUGGUGUUCGGAAGAAUGGCAGGUCCCUCUCCCACCCCUAUGCUCAAGGAUGAGCUGGAUAUAGUGAUACCCACCAUUAGGAAUUUGGAUUUCCUGGAGAUGUGGAGGCCAUUUUUUCAGCAAUACCAUCUCAUCAUAGUGCAGGAUGGAGAUCCCUCCAAGACCAUCAAAGUGCCCGAGGGCUUCGAUUACGAGCUCUACAAUCGCAAUGAUAUCAACAAGAUCCUUGGCCCCAAGGCCUCCUGCAUCUCCUUCAAGGACAGCGCUUGCCGUUGCUUUGGUUACAUGGUGUCCAAGAAGAAGUACAUUUACACAAUUGAUGAUGAUUGCUUUGUUGCCAAGGAUCCCUCAGGGAAGGACAUAAAUGCACUGGAGCAGCACAUAAAGAAUUUGCUAUGCCCAUCAACGCCAUUUUUCUUCAAUACACUGUAUGAUCCAUACAGGGAGGGAGCAGAUUUUGUUCGUGGAUAUCCUUUCAGUCUAAGGCAUGGUGCACCUACUGCUGUCUCUCAUGGACUCUGGCUCAACAUUCCUGACUAUGAUGCCCCCACUCAGCUUGUCAAACCCAUGGAGCGCAACACCAGGUUUGUAGAUGCAGUUCUUUCAAUUCCAAAGGGCACAUUGUUCCCUAUGUGCGGGAUGAAUUUGGCCUUUGACCGUGAAUUGAUUGGUCCUGCAAUGUAUUUUGGUCUGAUGGGUGAUGGCCAGCCCAUUGGUCGAUAUGAUGACAUGUGGGCAGGAUGGUGUGUUAAGGUGAUAUGUGACCAUUUGGGUCUGGGAGUGAAGACCGGAUUGCCAUAUAUUUGGCACAGCAAGGCGAGCAACCCAUUUGUGAAUUUGAAGAAAGAAUACAAGGGGAUAUUUUGGCAGGAGGAGAUAAUUCCGUUUUUCCAAUCAGCUACUCUUCCCAAAGAGUGUACUUCUGUGCAGCAAUGCUACAUUGAGCUCUCAAAACAAGUCAAAGAGAAGCUUGCAAAGGUAGAUCCAUAUUUUGUGAAGCUUGCAGAUGCAAUGGUCACUUGGAUUGAGGCUUGGGAUGAACUUAACCCGGUUGAAAAGGAGAAAUCAGUGGUUGCUAAUGGAUCAUCUAAGUAGGAAGGAAUGAGUAAAAGUUCUGACAGAGGUCAUCAUUUGUCCAUUACGUUUUUCUCAUUAUUUUAAUAAUUAAUUUGAGUUGUCCAAUUUAGCAACCGUAGACAUCAGUUCAGUAUUAAUAGGUUUAAUAGGUUAAUCGGAUGGGAAAGUUUGGAAAUAUAGUAUUUUAGAAUUGAUAUGCAGGUGCAUACUUUUGGACUAAGCUUUCCGCUUGCUUGGUAUAUUUCUGUUAUUGAGAUUUUGUCCAUUCAUUCACAUCAGUAUGAUGAGAAUGUUUGUGGGAUAUAUAUUGCAUAAAUAAAUGUUGUGAAUGUUGAUGCUCUA